AAUUAGAUUUAGAUAGUGGGUAUAUAGAGAGACAAAAUCUAGAACUACAGACUAAAGUAUCGUUUGAGACUGCGAGUCGUGUUGAUAUCAAGUCUGCAGGACAGCCCGGUGGAUUAGCCGGUGAAGAUUCAGAAACUUCAUUUGUGCUUGUUCACUUAUAA